AUGUCCACUGCCAGGCCUAGAAUAAUUACUUCAAAGGCUCCGUUAUUGCCUCAACAGACUACUCCGGAGCAGCGUUACUGGCGUCAAUACACUUCCGCACAACUGGUUAAAGAACAUAAUAGCGUCACUCACAUAUCGUUCAAUCCUCAACACCCUCAUGAUUUUGCAGUAACCUCCUCGACCAGGGUUCAAAUAUUCUCUUCAAGAACAAGGCAGGUAAUCAAAACCUUCUCAAGAUUUAAAGAUGUUGUCUAUUCUGCAUCUUUUAGAAGUGAUGGUAAGUUGCUUUGUGCCGGUGAUGCUACCGGUUUAGUGUCCGUAUACGAUAGUUACAAUCCAAGAACUAUCCUUUUAUCUAUAAACGCAUCCACACAUCCUACACAUGUUACGAAGUUUCAUACCCAAGAUAAUAAAGUUCUAGCUACGGCAAGUGAUGAUAGAGUGACAAGACUUUGGGAUAUAUCCAACGCAUAUGAGCCACAAUUAGAACUUACAGGAGCUACUGAUUAUGUCCGUACAUUAUCAUUUAUUCCAGCUGCCCCACAUUUGGUUGCAACAGGUUCAUAUGAUGGUUUGAUUAGAUUAUAUGAUACAAGAUCCAGCGGAUCCACUCCAAUUUAUUCUCUGAAUCAUGAUCAACCUAUCGAGAAUGUUAUUGCAGUAUCCCCAACUCAAAUCGUUUCUUGCGGUGGCAAUAACUUUAAAGUUUGGGACUUGACCAGUAAUAAGAAAUUAUACGAACGUGGUAAUUUCAACAAGGCUGUCACAUGCUUGGACUAUGUUGAGAAUUUUGAUUCUCCAAUGCAAUCAGCAUUGAUUGCUUCUUCGUUAGAUGGGCAUGUAAAAGUUUUUGAUCCUUUAGACAAUUUCCAAGUCAGGUUUGGUUGGAAAUUUUCGGGUCCCGUACUAAGUUGUGCAGUCUCUCCUAGUACUGCACAAGGGAAUAGGCAUUUAAUAGCUGGUUUAUCAUCAGGUCUACUAGCCAUCAGAACCAAAAAGAAGGAGAAACGUACUUCCGAUAAAGAAAGUGCACCAGUAAGCUCAAAUAAGAAUGUAAAGAGUAAUAACUUCCAAAGAAUGAUGCGAGGAUCAGAAUACCAAGGUGAUCAAGAGCAUAUAAUCCACAAUGAUAAGGUAAGAUCUCAACGUCGUAUGCGUGCAUUCGAAAGGAACAUAAAUCAGUUUAAAUGGAGUGAAGCGCUAGACAAUGCUUUUGUACCGGGUAUGGCCAAAGAGUUGACACUCACUGUCCUUCAAGAACUACGCAAACGUGGGAAAAUUCGUGUAGCAUUGUAUGGUAGAGACGAAUCUACAUUAGAGCCGCUACUGAAUUGGUGCUUAAAAGGUAUCGAAGAUGUGAGGUCAGCAUCUAUAGUCGCGGAUUGGGUCGCUGUAGUUUUAGAAUUAUAUGGGAAUACAUUAGAAAGCUCUCCAGUUCUUCAAGAAUUGAUGAUAGAUUUGAAAGCUAAAGUUAGACACGAAAUUCAUAAGUCCAAAGAAGCUCAAAGAAUUGAAGGUAUGCUCCAACUUUUGACGAGUUAA